AACCCCGGAUACUGGAUACAUCUUCCUGUAUUGGGCGUGGACAAGCUCCCUCUCACUUAGUCACAUCUCUCAAAACAACUCUUUCUUCGCAAUCUCCGUUUUCUCUUUUCUCCCUCCUUCCAUGGAAAAGCAAAAACAAAAACCUUCAAAACCCAUCAAAGAAAUCUUAUGGUUCUCUCUCUUCUCCACAUCAAUCAAGCUCCUUUUACUACCAUCUUACCGCAGCACAGAUUUUGAAGUCCACCGCAAUUGGCUCGCCACCACCCACUCUCUCCCUCUUUCUCACUGGUAUUCCGACACCACCAGUCAAUGGACACUCGAUUAUCCCCCUUUCUUUGCCUAUUUCGAGCUCUUUCUCUCUUUUAUCGCUGCCCAGAUCGACCCCGCCAUUGUUAACCUUCAUGAAGGUCUCAAUUACAAAGCUGAUUCUGUUAUUUACUUUCAAAGAAUCACUGUUAUAGUCUCUGAUUUGAUUCUUCACUAUGCCAUUUAUCGAAUUACUCGGAAUUUGGAUUCGACGAAGCGGAGAUUGAUCUGGAUUUUGGUUAUUUGGUCGCCUGCAUUGUUGAUUGUUGAUCAUAUGCAUUUUCAGUAUAAUGGGUUUUUGUUGGGUUUUCUGUUGAUUUCGAUUUCAGCGUUGAUUGAAGGGAGGGAUUUGAUGGGUGGGUUCUUUUUUGCGGUUUUGUUGUGCUUUAAGCACUUGUUUGCUGUUGCCGCGCCUGUUUAUUUCGUCUAUUUGUUGCGGCAUUAUUGUAGAGGAGGUUUGUUCAAGGGUUUUGGACGGCUUUUGCUGAUGGGGCUGGCGGUGGUGGUUGUUUUCGUUGCGGCUUUCUGGCCGUUUGUGUAUCACAAUCAGAUGCUUCAAGUCAUCCAUCGAAUGUUCCCUUUUGGCAGGGGUCUAUGCCAUGCAUUUUGGGCUCCAAACUUUUGGGUUUUCUAUAUAAUGGCAGAUAAACUUCUUGCUUUCUUUCUCAGAAGAAUGGGUUUCAAUGUCCAAAGACCAGCAGGUUCUUUCACUUCUGGGCUAGUGGGAGACUCAUCACCCUUUGCUGUACUGCCGCAGAUCACUCCUCUGGUGACCUUUAUAAUGGUGUUGCUUGCCAUUUCUCCUUGUCUUUUCAAGGCCUGGAAGAAUCCUCAGCCAAGGAAGGUUGCUAGAUGGAUAACUUAUGCUUACUCAUGCGGCUUCUUGUUUGGUUGGCAUGUCCAUGAGAAGGCAACACUCCACUUUCUUAUCCCUCUGGCGAUCAAUGCAGUAGACAGCAUAAAUGACGCACGGCAUUACUUUUUGCUCUCAAUUGUCUCGUGCUACUCUCUCUUCCCACUUCUGUUUGAAACCAGAGAAUACCCAAUAAAAGUGACACUGCUGCUUCUGCACUGCGUUCUUAUGUGGUUUGGUUUCUCCUCCUAUUUUUCUGGGGAGACAACUACAAAUUCAAACAAACAUUUGCAGAAGAAAAACUACGAGGACAUCUCCGACAAAGGAAAGCUUGGUGUUGGUGUUGGUGUUGGAUGGCUCUGUAAGAGCUACUUGCUGGGUCUUGUGGCGGUUGAAAUAUGGGGUCAGUUUCUACAUACUUUGUUUUUCGGGAACAAGCUUCCGUUUCUGCCUUUGAUGUUGGUUUCUGUAUAUAGUGCAUUAGGUAUCAUGUAUUCUUGGAUUUGGCAACUCAAAUGGAUUAUUCUGUCUUCUUAAUGUCUACAAUUUGCUCAAGUAAUUUAGGAAGCUUUGGCAACUUAUAGUGUGGUGUGGAUGUGGAGUACUACAAUUUGCUCAAGUAAUUUAGCAGCCACAACUCACAAGGGUGGAUUGGGUUAUUUUGUUGUUUGCUUAAUUAAGUGUAAGGCCUUGUAUUACGUUAUAAUGAAUCCAGUAGUGUGGUUAACAAUACCCACAGUAGGUCACAAGUUUCUUGGCAACUUAUAGUGUGAUUAAGAAAAAUAAACUCCAUACUUUGUAAUUCUGAAGCUUUGUUUACCUGAAAUUAACUUUUCUUAACUUAUUUUUGCUGAAUAAAUUA